GCCAACGGCGUCCGGACGACCCGGUACGGCCGUUUUCGCUGCUAAAAUGACAAUGAAUCACCUUCCCCAGACGCCAUACUCUCGUUCGAACUCGUUCUCCAUUCAACCCCCGUCCCCAAUAAUACCUGUGACCUCCUCAACGUCCCCAACAACGCCAUUUUCCGAAAUUUCCGAAUCCCGGUUCAUUCGCGAUCUCCGUUCAAUAACGACAGAUUUUUCUAGCCCAGAGUCAGAAAGGAUAUCACGAUUGCUGAAUAUAUUAGAUGCCAGAGCUGCCUGGAUAACGGCUUCGGAAGCUUACCAUAAUCAGCGGGAUGCGGCAGUACUGACUGCGGUCAAUAGUCCGCUCACAAAUGGACCUUGUAUUGGCAUGAGCAUGGGCGGGCGGAGGACGUUGAAAAUGCCAGGAAAGAGAAUAUGUUUAUCAAACCUACCGGAUGAUAUUCUUCUCACGAUCAGUCGAAACCUGGAUGCCCCUUCCCUUUGCUCCUUUGAAGCAUGUUCUCGAAAGAUCCACGCCCUCAUUAAGCACUACUCCCAAUCGCUAUGGCGACACCUUACAGCACAAUCUUGGGGCAUACCAAUGUCUCCAUCCGACGCACGCCUAUGCGGCUACUUUCUACCGGACAAUCCUGACUGGAAAACAAUAUAUGAAGAGAGACAUAAUUUGUAUACAGGACAGUACAGAUUUCGUAUGGUUGCCGAUUUGACAGAAUUAGACUCGCGCCCUAGGCGGCAGAAGCUUGUGGAAGAGAAGAAAGAUAUCUAUGCUCGGAAGAAUAGGAGAUAUAUAUUGCAUUGCGGUCAACCGACCACAGCUGGAAGUGGUUAUGCGGUCAAUCUCCGACUUUGCGGCCCCUACAUGUGUUGGAUCUCGGGUCAUAAUCUGGCUGUCUGCAAAGUCGACGGGCAUACCCCAACCUUUCUCGAGGGACAUAACCUUCCGCUUGUCACGUUAACAACCAACCAGCGCAAUCUUGUUGUCACCGGAGCAGAAGAUAACACUAUGCGCGUUUGGGAUCUAGCAACCUUUGAUUGCAUCCAUGUCAUUGGCGGUGUGGAUGUACUUGACUGCGCAAUACAUGAAAACAUUCUCGUUAGCUACAAUAAUGAUAAUAUUAUUGACGUGUGGGAUGUAAAGGCCAAGAUUCGACUGACGAGGAUCGAUGUGAGGAAGUUUGAACAUGUAGAUCCGACUGUCCUUACCCGGGAGGUGAAGAUUGCCGUGUGGGGAGACACUGUUGUGUGCGGAUUUGAGAACACCGUAUUCUUAGUUAUAUCGCGAAUCGACGGUACCCUGCGACACACAUUGUCCGAACCCACACAACAUCAUCGGGAAGAAUAUGAUUCCACACACUAUCCGACCGUAUUGGCAAUGUAUGACAAUAUCCUAGUUUCGCGAGGCGUGCGGUGUCAUGAGAUAUGUGUGUGGGACCUUCAUGCAGGGGUACUGCUAUACCGUCUAUCGGAGUCUCUGAGCUUCCAAUCUACGGUUGGCUAUCCAAUACGGCCUAACGAAGUGAUUACAGAUUUCACACUUGAUGCCCGGGGAUCUUUUUUGAUGUGUACAGUAGAGAAUGAAGGAGGGGAUGUGUAUUUACUCGCAUGGGAUUUCAGGAAAGCGCCGGGGACUCAGGAAGACACUGCAAACAUGCCUGAAACAGUGACACGACGCAUGAGGCGGAAGGAAAAGGAGAGAAGAUUUGAAAAGAGAAGCUUGGAAAGCGUGGCUGGUGAUAUUCAGUUCGAGUACACGAAUUUCUGGUUGUGCUAUGAAAUAUGAUGCUGUUUGCAUCUGUAUAUUCCUGUUAGACAGGGCUAAAUAACUUGACAGUAUAUACAGCGACAUGCCUUUUCCAAC